AUGACCGUCACUAUUUGGGAGAAAACAAUACGGCGUUUAGACAGGCAGUUUGUUAAAAUGAAGCGAAAAGUUGUUUUCAUAGCAGACAAUUGCACAGCUCAUAGUACCAACAUCCCACAGUUAGCCUCGAUUGAGCUUGUUUUCUUGCCUCCCAAUGUGACCAGCGUUCUCCAACCAUUGGAUCAAGGAGUUAUUCAAAGCCUAAAAGUGAACUAUCGUAAGCUCCUCCUGAAGGACUUAAUCGCAGCCAUCGACCAAAAACAAGAGGAGUUUCACGUUACUGUCUUGGAUGCCAUUUUCUAUCUGUACAAAAGUUGGAGCAUGGUGUCCAUCACAUGCAUAGCAAAUUGUUUUCGUCAUGCUGGUUUUGUGAGUUCUCUGAAUAUCGUGGAUGACGAAACCAAAGAAGAAAACGAUAUUCCUCUAUCUGUUUUGAUGGAAGAUCUGAAAAAUCGUGGCCAUACCAUUGAAGGAGAGGCUGAAUAUGGUUUGAAUGAUGAGGAAAUUGCCACCACUUCUGAAGCUACAAUUUCUGAAAUUGUUUCACAAAUUUCACAAAUUGUGGACAGUGAGGACAAUGACAGUGAUCCUGAGACUGUAGUUGUAGCCCAAGUGGAAGCCUUCAAA